AUGCACACGGCGCCUGGUUGGGCUGUCACCGCACGAUCAUCUGACUAUGCUUUGGCACCUUGUCGUCAAAGCGCGCGAUUUCGUCGGGUAUCCUGCGCUUUGCCGGCAAGGUUCUGUGUUGCCGCCGGGCCGGCCAUUGUGAACGCAUGGCGAAGGUGCACCGGCCGCACGAUGCGCAUGGCGCGCAGGUCCCCGAAGCAAGUGGCAGACUUGAUCUUCGAACACUACAAAGAGGGGCGUGCUGAAGCGGCCAUGGCGCUUUUCGAAGAGCUGCCGCCAGAGUUCCAGCAGCGUCCGUACAUCCGCAACUCAGUGCUGGGAGCCUUUGCAAAUGCUGGUGACUUGGAAGGUGCUGUUCGCUGGUUCAACACGUACCCGGAGGCAGGUGCCGACCCGAGCGUGAAGUCUUUUGGGAAGUUGGUCGAGGCAGCUGCUUCCGCCGGCAAGCCGGAUGUGGCCAAAUCCUGGCUCGAUAAGUUGGAGGAGCGCUUCGGCCUGUGUGAUCCCCUGGUUUUCAGCAUGAUCAUCAAUGCCUAUGCCAAAGCGAACUCUCCGGCCUUAGCUAGUGAUUGCUUCCAAGAGAAGCUGCAGAGGUUUGGGGAAGUGAACCUGGUGGACGUGAACACGGUCGUCGAUGCCUUUGCCCGGCUGGGAGAUUCCGGCGGCGCGCGGCGAUGGUUCGAGCGGGCCCAGGCUGAGGGCUUCGAGCCAGACCUCACCUCGUACACGGCCCUCAUCAGCGCCGUGGCCCGGUCGACUCAGCGCUCUGCUGCCGAAGACUGCCUAAGUCUGCUGGGGUCGAUGCAAGCUGCCCGGCUCACGCCAGAUGUCGUUGCACACAACGCUGUGAUUUCCGCAUAUUGCAGAAGCCAUCAGACGGACAAGGCCCGACUCCACCUGCACAGCGCGGGCCAGUCGCAGGUCCGUCUUGAUGCAUUGUCUUUCACACCGAUCGUCCAAGUAUGUGCAGAAGAGGGGCAAGUGCAGGGUGCGCUGGCCUGGCUGGAAACCAUGCGUUCUCAAAGCAUCUCCCCUGACGUGACUGCAUACACCAACGUGCUGCUCGCCUGUGCUCGAGCAGCUGACUCCAAAGGGGCGAGGGAAGUGUUCGACAAAAUGCUGAUGGACAAAGUGCAGCCAGACAUUGUUGCCAUGAACACACUCAUCAACUCCAAUGCCAGGUCCGGAGAUGUGGAUGCUGCGCUUUACUUUCUUCAGAUGAUCAAAGAACAGCCAGGCCUCACUCCCACUGUGCAGACCUACACCCCUAUUUUGCAGGGACUUGGCCAUUCGAGCAGAUUGGCCGAAGCCAUGGCCCUCGCCGAGGAUGCGGUGGCCUUGGGUUUGCAGCCAGAUGUCACUCUCUACAACGUGCUCCUCCAGGCAUGUAUCAAGGCAAAAGAUGCGGAUUCGGCUGAAGCGGUGCUACAACGGAUCGCAGAGCAAGGGCUCAAACCUGAUGAGCACAGUUACCAUGCACUCAUACGCGUCUAUGCUGAGUUGGCUCGCGUGGAUGCAGCUGCGGAUGUUAUCGCUCGAAUGCAGGAGGCCGGAGUGCGGCCGAACCAGUAUGUCUGGACGGGCAUGCUGAGGGCCUGCGAGAAAGGGAAGGAACCCACCUGGGCCUGUGUGGCCUUCCGAACUUUGGUGAAACAGGGUAUCGAAGUAGACAGCAUGCUGCUGAGCCGUCUCUCUGCAGCGGUGCCCCUGUCCAUGGCAAGCAGCCUUCAGGAAGAACUGAGGAUGCCGACACCGAGCAGACGGUUUUGA